AGGAAAUUUCAAAAAUCCCUUCGGUUCUCAGCAUAAAAUCUAAACAUCCAUUCAUCCGAGGCCGAUCAACUUAUCUACAGCUCUAUCUGCGUCGUUCUACUGUGAUUUCUAGGCCUUCAUUAAUCGAAAUGAGUCGGAAGUUCUUCGUCGGCGGUAACUGGAAAUGCAAUGGAACUAGCGAUGAAGUGAAGAAGAUUGUUUCCGCACUGAAUGAAGCCGAGGUGCCCUCCGAAGAUGUCGUAGAGGUUGUGGUAAGUCCUCCGUUUGUGUUUCUUCCUUUCGUAAAAAGUUUAUUGAGAUCAGACUUCCAUAUCGCGGCACAAAACUGCUGGGUGAGGAAAGGAGGUGCCUUUACCGGUGAGGUUAGUGCGGAGAUGCUGGUCAAUUUGAAAAUUCCUUGGGUCAUUCUUGGUCAUUCUGAAAGGAGGCUUUUGUUAAAUGAAUCAAACGAGUUUGUUGGUGACAAAGUUGCAUAUGCACUUUCUCAAGGAUUGAAGGUGAUUGCUUGUGUUGGAGAGACUCUUGAGCACCGUGAAUCUGGAUCUACCAUGGCUAUUGUUUCAGAACAAACAAAAGCAAUUGCAGAUCAAGUUUCAAAUUGGGAUAAUGUUGUAUUAGCCUAUGAGCCCGUGUGGGCCAUUGGAACUGGAAAGGUGGCGACCCCUGCUCAGGCUCAGGAAGUGCAUUUUGAAUUGAGGAAAUGGCUUCAACAGAAUGUUGGUGCAGAAGUUGCUGCCUCAACCAGGAUUAUCUAUGGAGGUUCUGUAAAUGGUGCAAACUGCGAGGAAUUGGCAGCACAACCUGAUGUUGAUGGGUUUUUGGUUGGGGGAGCUUCUCUAAAGCCUGAGUUCAUUGACAUUAUCAAGUCUGCCACACUGAAGAAAACUGCUUAAGCUUGGAAUCGGGUACAGUUGGUUAGAUGCUGUAGUUUUUGUUUGGGGAGACUUCCAGUUUACGCUAGAAGUUGACGACAUGGGAAAUUUUGCCUUUGCUUGUUUAACCACCCUGUGAUUUAUAGCAGAUGUUAAUUUAGUAAGCACUUGACUUGUUGCCAUCAUCUCAAUAUGAAGCUUAAUGCUUGGGUUCUGCUUUGAUAA